UGUGGAGUAUGACUUUUAAUAAGUAAGGAUAUUUUUAUUUAUGGACUUCUUUAUUCUUAAUAAUUUAUUGCUUUUUGUUACUCCAGCAAAAUAUAUUUUAUCAAAUGAAGAAUACCUUUCAAAAAUUACUUAUUCUACCAUGAGACUUUUGAGGAAGGCUUAGAACCAGAAGUUGAGAUUCUCAGUUGCAAAGUGAGCACUGAUACUUACCCUCCCUCCCCACCUAGUUUGAUCUUGUCAUAUACACAGCACGUAUUUCCUUCUUGAGCACAGUUUCUCAUAGAGCACAGACCUUGACACCCCUCAGCUGCAGAGAUGAAUAAUCAAACAGUAACCUACUCAGAAGUGAAUCUGGCCAAGAACCCAAAAAGGCAGCAAAUCAAACCCAAGGACGCUGAUAGCUCCAUUUCAGUCACUGAGCAGGAAAUAACUUACGUGGAAUUAAACCUUCAUGGUGCUUCCCAGGAUCUUCAGAAGAAUGACAAGAAUUUCUGCUGCAAAGGGAAGCUCUUUGCUGGGAUCCUGGGAAUCAUCUGCAUUGUCUUGAUGGCCAGUGUAGUAACCGUGGCAGUCAUAGUUGUUCCUCCUUCUGUUGGAAUGCCAGAGAACACAACCCAGAAAGCAUAUCAUUGUGGCCAUUGUCCAGAAGACUGGUUAUCCUAUUCCAACAAUUGCUAUUAUAUUAGUAGUGAUAAAAAAAACUGGACUGAGAGUCAGACGGCCUGUGCUUCUAAAAAAUCUAAUCUGAUUUAUAUAGAUAAUGAAGAAGAAAUGAAGUUUAUGGACAUUCUAUCAUCUUAUUCAUGGGUUGGACUGUCUCGUGAAAGCAGUGAUCAUUCCUGGUUAUGGAAAAAUGGCUCGCCUUUAAAGCAAAAGUAAGUUCUUCGGAAUGAUGUUAUAUAGAAGAAGAAAAAUACGAAAAAGAAAAAUUUAGAUCAGUAAUAUUAAUAAAUGUGACUGGAUUGAAUUAUAGGCAUGUAGAGAGAAAAUGAAAAUUAAUGACAUGAAAUGUUGAUGGAAAUACUAAGAAUGAAGUGCUCACUGUUCGUAGUAAUUAUUACUAAUAUUUUAUGAGAAAUGU